AGAAAUAAAAAAAAAAGAACUGUCAUAUUCAAUCUAUUAGUGGAGAGUAUUUAGUAUUUUUGUUGAAUGAAAAUUUUGCGAUACAUAAAUUACAGACUUAUUAUUCAAUUUGAAGACAUUGCCUAAAAUGUGUUUGAGAUAAUUUGUAAGUGUAGACUGAUACCAUUUUUGUGUGCUAUAUUGAGUAAUUGUCGACAAAUGAUAUAAAUUUUGACACAUGAGCAUCAUGGCUGACUCGCUGGAAAGCGAACAAACAACCUCGGCGAGAAGUAAUUCACUUAAAAUAUCCCUUCCAACAGUUAUGUGCACCUCUGAACCCCCAGAAAAAUCUGAUAUACUUUGUAAAACAAAUUCCUUUGUGUCAUCUGAGUCUAAGUUAUCUCUUCCGUCAAAUUUGGGCACUCCGACGUCACCAUUAAGGCUUUCUUCCCCUUUGUCACUACCGACAUCUCCACUUAAUAAUACUUCACAACAAAAUAACAGCCCUUUAAGAAAUAAUAAGCCCCAAGAAGAUGGCGUGAAAACUCUCAUAAAUGCUGGAUCUGCGACAGGCAAUCCUCGUAACAAAUGCGCUCUCCAACCGGGCCACAGUCUGAUGGACUGGAUCAGACUGGGCAACUCCGGAAAAGAUCUCACUGGUGUCGGCGGCCGCAUUCGGCCCGUCACGCCGUCGGAACUCGCCUUGCACAACAAACAAGAUGACGCUUGGCUGGCUAUCCGUGGGCGCGUUUACAAUAUCACACAUUAUUUACCGUAUCAUCCUGGAGGUCCAGAAGAACUAAUGCGUGGUGCGGGAAUAGACGCGACGCAACUGUUCGACAAGGUUCAUCCUUGGGUGAAUUACGACUCCCUCCUAGCAAAAUGUCUCGUAGGUCCAUUACGAUACGACCUGCCCGACGCUGAAGAAUUAUUCGACAUAUCCAAUCCAUCACCAAAAUCAGACCGUCUUAGAGAGCCUUCCAAAGCCCAAGAACUAGUUAGAAAAUCUAUGGAAAACUUAGCAAAUUGUAUCACUCCUGUACGAAAAAAAAUAACAGCCAAAAGUGAAGAGAAUGUCAAAGGCAGUCCGCCGAGUAAAAUUAUGCAGAGCUUAGUACAAUCUAGUGACUUGCCCGUAUCUAUAAGUAGGAGAGCAGCCGCGAGUCCGGCAAAAAGAAGUGAUAAAAGUCCAGACAUGCCGCCGCCUCUGAGACACGAUUGGAUACAAACGUCAACAAAACUGACUAUCUCAGUAUACACGGGGCCGCUAGCAAAUCCUGGAGGAUGCGCAAGAAUUACCGAAAGCUUCCUUUUAAUAGAAGUGGCGACGAACGGUUGGCUUAGGACUCUAAAAAUAACACCUGAAGCGAAAUUGCGCGAACCUUUACAGUUGCGAGUGUUUGCCGAGAGUGGAAAAAUAGAGGUAAUAGCUUAUAAAGAAGAAACAGGUGUAUGGAAAGGUUGUGGAGAAGUCGUUAUGGGCGUCCCGAGUAAAGUGUCGUCGCCUCGAACAGUUGAUUGUCGAGUGAUGCGAGUAGGCAGGGUGUCGCAUGACACGACCCUGCUCUCCGUAGCGCCUAAAGCUGGACCCGUGGUUGUACCUCUAGGACACCAUGUCAGAGUGCACAGACAAGUACAAGAUUCGGAAUGCGUGCGAUCAUACACACCUGUGGGCGAUGGUUGGGGCCCGACAGAUAGUAGUGACGUGUUCUCCGCUCUAAAACUAGCUGUAAAAAAAUACGACGCCGGAGCACUGUCGCCUCACCUGUCGACUCUAGAAGUCGGUGAUAUUCUAACUUUAUCCGGGCCUUAUGGAAAUUUUGAAUUGCAAAAGCUCAAACCAGUGAAAACAGUAUAUUUUAUAGCAGCUGGCACGGGAAUAACUCCUAUGCUCGGACUCAUGAGAUUUAUGCUGUCGAGAUCUCAUCCCAGAUGUGAACAAGCACAUUUAUUAUUUUUCAACAAAACAGAAGAUGAUAUUUUGUUUUAUGAGAAUUUCGAUGAAAUGGCGAAAGAAGAUAAUAGAUUACAGGUAUCUCACAUUCUGUCAGACGGGAACUCAUCGUGGACUGGUCAUAAAGGCCGUAUCACCAAACAGAUACUCGUAGACAUAUUAGGAAAAGAUGCAAUGAAAUGCAUAGACAAAUGCACGCAUUUCGCAUGUUUGUGCGGACCAACCGAGUUUACUCACACUGCGCUCGAUUUGCUGAAGAAACAAGGCAUGAAAGAAAACUGUAUACAUGCUUUUAUGGGUUGAAUGAUUUAGUUCCUUUUGAAAAACUGUUUCUUAUUUUAUAUAUCGAAAAUUAUGUUGUAAAUAAUUUGAUAUAUUGGGGCUUAUUUUAGUAAAAAUAGUAAACAAUGUUUUGUCUAUUUUAUAUAUUAUCUGGAUGGCAGCCGGAGUUUGUAAUUAUUUAAAGAAUUAUAAUGUAUUUUCAUUUAUACAUAAAGACUAAACAAAAGCACUACAGAUAAGAGUUACUAGGGCGCAAUUAUCUACGCCUUUCCAACGAUUAUAGGAAAAUAAACCGAAUCCAUGUGAAAGAUGUAAACAAGCAAUAAGUAAGUUUUUUAACUCAAAAUUCAAUAGAAUUUAAUGGCUCUAUAUGGGGUAAAAUAUUUAAAAUAGUCUUUAUUGGCAUACUUACCUAAUGCAUUUUAUCUAAAUUCCGAACUAAACUAGUAUAACAGGAAUUACAUUUUCAAUUGUACGUAAGUAGCUUAUAAGUGGCAAUAUUUUUCGAUUUAAAUGUUAUUACUUAUUGUGUAUAGUGCAUUAGUACAGUAAUAACACAUUUAAAUGUCCUAAGAGUGAGAUUUCGUUACUUUGUGUAGUUUAUAUAAGUAAGGUUCUUAAAUAUGCACCAAAAAGCCACAAAGUAAGAAAUAGUUUUCUACACGCUAAAUUAAUCAAAAGGAGUGUGAUAAUAUAGCUUUUUAGAGUAUUAUUAAUUGUCUAACAAUAAUUUUGUAACAAUAUGUUUGUGAUUAGCGUAGGCAUUUAUUGUGAUUUCAGUUUUAGAGCUCAAUGUACAGAAAGACAAAUUCUAUUAUUGUAACUGAUCAUUGUAAGUGAAAUUAUUUUAUUUAUUCUCUAUGUCGACCGUACGAAAUAUCUACAUCUUUUCAAAUAACUUUUCAGCAAUAUCAAAAGAAUUCCUAUGAAUAAAGAAAGCAAUAUUUAAGGCUUUAUUGUUGUUAUUGAUAUUGAUAUAUUUACGUUUUCGAAAAAUUUUAUAAGUCUAGGAUCACAGCUCACACAGGUUAAAAUAUACAAUUUACUUAUCUAAAACUCCUUUUUGUUGGGGUUCCUUGGCAAAAUUAUAAAUCUUUAUAGUUUACCUCCGUCCGUUUGUCCUUCCGUCCGUUUAUGAAAGGCAUUUAAUCGUUUGUUUUCAAAAAUCGAAUGCACGUUAAGUAUAUCUCUAUUCUAACAACACUGUUAAUAGCCAGUAUCUUAGUUUAUCUACAUAUAAUAAAAUAUGAUGGUUCUUAUCCUACAGUAUAAAAUACUUUAAAGGUUGGCCUUAUGUUUUCUGAUUAAAAAUAUUCGUAAAAAAUUUAAAUCAAA